GUGGUGGUAUCUUGCUCCUGUAUUUGGUACAUUUCUUUGCCGCUUUAUAAUUUCAACAGUCUUUUUUUUUUUUUUUACUAGAGUUUGUUUGAAUGAUUGGAAAGGUUGAAGCUAGAAGCGUAUUUCGGCAUGCCAGAGAACAUUUCUUUCCUCAGUAACCGCACGGAACUUGGUCCACCAUUGGGCGCGGGCACGCGUCCCGCCUGGGCUGUUGCGGUGCUGGCCAGCGUGCUGAUCUUCACGACCGUUGUAGAUGUAUUGGGGAAUCUGCUGGUGAUUAUUGCCGUAUUUAGAAAUCGGAAACUAAGAAACGCGGGUAAUGUAUUUGUGGUGAGCCUGGCCUUUGCUGACCUGGUCGGGGCCUUCUACCCCUACCCAUUGGUUCUGUACGCCAUCUUCCAUGACGGCUGGUCCCUGGGCGACACGCAGUGCAAGGUGAGUGGAUUCCUGAUGGGCCUGAGCGUCAUCGGCUCCAUCUUCAACAUCACCGGCAUCGCUGUCAACCGCUACUGCUACAUCUGCCACAGCUUCGUCUAUGACAAACUCUACAGCUUCCACAACACCCUGCUGCUUGUGGGACUCAUCUGGGUGCUGACCAUCCUUGCCGUCGUGCCCAACUUCUUUGUGGGGUCGCUGCGCUAUGACCCGCGGGUCUACUCCUGCACCUUCGCCCAGACGGCCAGCAGCUCUUACACGGUGGUCGUGGUCGUGGUGCACUUUCUGGUGCCCAUCACCGUGGUGACGUACUGCUACCUGCGGAUCUGGGUCCUGGUCAUCCAGGUGCGGCGGAAGGUGAAGAGCGAGCCGCAGCCGCGCCUGAAGCCUAGCGACCUGAGAAACUUCAUCACCAUGUUUGUGGUGUUCGUCCUCUUUGCCAUCUGCUGGGGACCACUGAACCUUAUCGGCCUGGCGGUCGCUAUCGACCCCCCAGCAGUUGCCCCCCAUGUACCGGAGUGGCUAUUUGUGGUCAGCUACUUCAUGGCAUACUUCAACAGCUGCCUCAACUCCAUCAUCUACGGGCUGCUUAACCGGAACUUCCGGAAGGAGUACAAGCGCAUUGCCACCUCUGUGUGGGCUCCUAGACUCUUUCAUACUGAGACCUCCAGGGGGGGCACGGAUGGACUGAAGAGCAAGCCCUCCCCAGGCCUCAACAACAACGAGUGAAGGAACAAUAAAACCCAAGCAGACUGUCGGAGCAGGAGAUCCAGGGUACCAUGACUUAUUUGUGACAUCUGUACACACUUUGUACGUAAUUUAAUGUGCUAUCUUAUAGUACAGAUUUUAGUACUGAAUGGCAUCCUGUUUUGUACCUUGGUACACAGAAGUCACAAACUUCUACUUUUUGUAUUUGCAUGUACAACUCGGCAUCAGCUCCAACUAAUAAAUUCAUUUUAAAGUGCCAUUUUGUACAACUGUAAGUUCUGAAAUAGCAAAUAAAUAAAUGUCAAUAAAAUAUGUGUAAAGUAUGUGCAUGAGGGAGAUUGUGGAAAAUAUAUGGGCCUCAUUCACAAAACUUUACUUAAGUUCUUUUUACUUUUGUAAAAAGUUUCUGUGAAAAUCUAAUGUGGGAUUCAUGAAACAUGCAAACCUUUGAUUUUGUGUGUAUCUCAGGUGUAUCAGCGGAUAAAUGCCAAUUGUUUGUAGACUGAAUGUGCUCACCUAAUCAUUCUGAUUUGCAUAAGGAAACGCCCUAACAAUCCAUAAAACAUAAAAGCAUGCCACCUUCAGGGUUGUGUGCAAACAAGCCAAAAUGAAUAACAGUUCUAAACAACAUUAUUAUUGCAAGUCAAAACUAAAGCAAAAGGUGUGGGGAAAAAAGCAUUGCAAACUGAAAUGAAAAAUAAAAACAGGAGUUUCUGACGUCAAGUUAUCAUAUUUACUAUUAAUAUAUUGUAAUAUUCUUAAUAUUAAUUUUAUUGAUAUGUUGUUCAUAUGAGGUUUUUAACUACUAUUUUAAAUAGAAGCAUCUAUUCAAACACAUGUGAAUCGUACCAAGGAACAAAGUCAGAUGAUGAUGAAUGGUGAAUGCCAAAAUGUUCAUAGACAUGUUCACACUCAAAGAUCAAAUCUGACCAUGUGCAUGUUUUGUGAAUGAGGCCCCAUUGUCCUUCCUUGGUAACAACACUUUGUUUAAACAUUUUGUACUUUCCUCUGCGGUUUUCAGCAAGUAUAUGUUUAAACAUCCUCUUUCAUUUUAAAAAGCACAAACACAUGUUCAUACGAACAUGUCACCACGCCAAGAAUCGCCAUGGUCCUUUGAAAUUGGAUUUCAAAUGCUUUCCAUUAUUAGACAAGACUUAUACAUUUUUCUGUGUUUCAAUGUUUAAAUGUAUGUUCACAUCAUUUUAAAUGACACAUCAUUUGCAGCUCUCAAACUUGUAAUAUUCAACCUAUGAAAAUAAUGCAUGAAUUAAUUUCAUCUCAAGAACAUGCUAUUUUUUUUGUAAUAACAAUAUACAGAACAAGUAGAGGGGAAUUUCAUAUUUUUACUUUUCCAGAAUUUCUGCAUUUAA